AUUAAGCUGCCGCUGACAGUUAUAUAAUAUAAUAUGUAUAUAUAUUCCUUCAUAGUCAUGAUUCUCUGAUCCCCAUUUCUCUCUCUCUCUCUCUCUCUCUCAUCAGAAACAUGUGACUACUGGGCGAUAUAUGUUUAUGAACAAAAGUGUCUGCAACCACUAGCUUCAAGGCGGAGAGGUCGGAAGAAGAAGAAGAAGCUGACUGACACAGAUUAUAUAUAUAUAUUAUAUUAUAUUAUAUGCACGCUCAUACAAGGAAACAAAGAGAUAUGUUGUUGGAAGAUCUGAAUGUGGAUGCCGUUUUUUACAUGGACUCCGCUUGCGAUGAGUCCGACCCGGACCCCUGUGGGCGGGUAACCGCUUCCUUAAAUGGUGGCGAUGAUUCCGGCACCUCCAACACCGCCUCGUCUUCCUCCGUCGUCAAUGCCGACGACCCGCCCUCCUCCCCCUCGACUCUCGCCUUCUCUAUACUGAAAACCAGUCAGGUGAUCGAGGUUGAGGACGGGAGAAACGAGGCCGCCUCGGUGGUGGCCUCUAGGCAGCUUUUACCGGUCACUAGAGAGCCGUUUUUCUCGUCUGCUUGGCCGCCGCCGCCGCAGCAGCAGCAGCAGCAUCAGAACUGGUUGAAACUGUCCGCGCCGGAGACGGGCCGAGGGGCAGAAGUGGGAACUUUUGAGCCGCCGUACCCGCAGCCCUGCCAGCCGAUUAAGAAGAGCCGCCGUGGGCCGCGUUCCCGGAGCUCCCAGUACCGCGGUGUCACGUUUUACAGGCGGACUGGAAGAUGGGAGUCGCAUAUCUGGGACUGUGGGAAGCAAGUUUAUCUGGGAGGAUUUGACACAGCUCAUUCUGCUGCUAGGGCUUAUGAUCGCGCUGCCAUUAAGUUUCGAGGGGUUGAUGCUGACAUAAAUUUUCAUUUGAGUGACUAUGAAGAAGAUAUGAAGCAGAUGAAGAACUUGAACAAGGAAGAGUUUGUUCAGAUUCUUCGACGCCAGAGCACUGGGUUUUCCAGAGGGAGCUCUAAGUACAGAGGAGUAACCCUGCACAAGUGUGGUCGAUGGGAGGCUCGGAUGGGUCAAUUGGCGGGGAAAAAGUAUAUGUAUCUUGGGUUAUACAAUUCUGAAGUUGAAGCUGCAAGGGCUUAUGACAAAGCAGCCAUCAAAUGUUAUGGAAGGGAAGCAAUGACCAACUUUGAGCCCAGUGCCUAUGAAGGGGAGAUGAACAAGAACACUAGAGAUGGAGGGACAAUCUGUCCUAUGGAUGUAGGCACAAAUGCCAGUCUUGAUCUGAACCUUUGGAUAUCUCCGCCUUUGGAUGGUCCAAAAAGGCCUGAGAAUGCCAGAAAGUUGCAGUUCAAUUUUGAAGCUCGCGACCUGUCUCUUCUGAAAAGAGUGAAGGUUGAGUGCACCCCCGGCACACCUUAUGGUCCAGCAAUGGCAUCCCAGUAUUCCAGGUGGCCUGGCCUGCAAUCUGCCCUUACUCCAAACAAUGAGGAGGGACUAAUGGGAACGAAUGCAGAAGCAUCUUCUCCCGUGUUCUCCAAUUUGCGAUGGCUUAGCCAGGGUGUGGCCCCUUCAGCGCCAAGGUUUUCUUCUGCAGCAUCAUCAGGAUUCUCUUCCACAGCUACUUCCAUGUUCAAAUUCCCUUCUGCAGCUCCGCCCCCGAGUGCAGCAUCCCAAAACCAUCUAAUGACCCUUCGCCCCAACUAGAGGGGGCGAGGCUCAGCAAUUAAUCUUGGGUUGCUUUAGCACCAACUGCAGAAAGCUUCAAUUCAUUUCCCUAUUGUGUGGAACAUAAACCUAGUAUCAAGUGUACAUAGGAUCACACUCUCCUGCGUAGUUUCAUUUUUUCACCCGAAACAUUCUAAAUUGCUAGUUAUCGGGACUACACCUGGUUGUAGUCCAUUGAUAACAGCGAUCAGGUCGUGCUUUUAUCAACUUACAAGACAUGAAAGUUAAGCAGUAACAAUAACUGGUGAUUGUGAUAUUAACUCGUUGAAAUAGAGACUUGUUUUCCCUC